UUGCUGAUGGGUAGCUGGAGGCCGCAUGGUAAAAUAAGCGCCUCGCAGACGUCUGCGCCCGGGUUGCGUUAGACCCGGGAGGCAGAAUCCGCGCCCUGCGCAGGGGGGCCCAGGCACGCCCGACUGGGAACCUCACUGUCAGUUACGGUAGUUUUUCCAGAUCAUUCAGUGUUCAGGGAAUGAGUCUCUGGAUGCCAACUCUUUCGCGUGCUGGUGCCUGAAUGCAGUUAGACCCAGGAGCCUAGAGCCUUCCAAGCUUGGGGAACCACCUUUCUCCUACCCAUGGACUCGGGGAAUCUGGCAGAUGCAAAGAGCCAGUCAAGCAUAGGGGAGGGAGUGUGGCUUCAGUGUUGCUCAGAUCCCUGAGUCGUUUAGGAACGAAGGAAUAACGGGAAAGGUGGAUGAGAGGCCAGAGAAUCCCGCCGUGGAACUCUGCUCGCAUGCUGUCCCUGUCGCUCCAGCAUCUGAAAGGAGGUAACCGUUCCCUGAUGGCCCAGUUGGGAGCAGUUGUGGCUGUGGCUGCCAGUUUCUUUUGUGCCUCUCUCUUCUCAGCUGUGCACAAGAUAGAAGAGGGCCAUAUUGGGGUGUAUUACAGAGGCGGUGCCCUGCUAACGUCCACCAGCGGCCCUGGCUUUCACCUGAUGCUCCCUUUCAUCACAUCGUAUAAGUCUGUGCAGACCACACUCCAGACAGACGAGGUGAAGAAUGUACCUUGUGGGACGAGUGGCGGCGUGAUGAUCUACUUCGACAGAAUUGAGGUGGUGAACUUCCUGGUCCCACAUGCAGUGUACGACAUAGUGAAGAACUACACAGCUGACUAUGACAAGGCCCUCAUCUUCAACAAGAUCCACCACGAGCUGAACCAGUUCUGCAGUGUCCACACGCUGCAGGAGGUCUACAUCGAGCUCUUCGAUCAGAUUGAUGAAAAUCUCAAACUGGCCUUGCAGCAGGACCUGACUUCCAUGGCCCCUGGGCUCGUCAUCCAAGCUGUGCGGGUGACAAAACCCAACAUACCCGAGGCCAUCCGCAGAAACUACGAGCUGAUGGAAAGCGAGAAGACAAAGCUGCUCAUUGCGGCCCAGAAGCAGAAGGUGGUGGAGAAGGAGGCAGAGACAGAGCGGAAGAAGGCCCUCAUUGAGGCAGAAAAAGUGGCUCAGGUGGCAGAGAUCACCUACGGGCAGAAGGUGAUGGAGAAGGAGACGGAGAAGAAGAUCUCGGAAAUCGAAGAUGCCGCGUUCCUGGCCCGGGAGAAGGCGAAGGCGGACGCCGAGUGCUACACGGCCAUGAAGAUAGCCGAAGCGAAUAAGCUGAAGCUGACCCCGGAGUACCUGCAGCUGAUGAAGUACAAGGCCAUCGCUUCCAACAGCAAGAUUUACUUUGGCAAAGACAUCCCUAACAUGUUCAUGGACUCUGCAGGCGGCCUGGGCAAGCAGUUUGAGGGGCUCGCUGACAAGCUGAACUUUGGCUUAGAGGGUGAGCCCUCGGAGGCAGACGCUGAGGAGAACUGAAUGUUUCUGGACACAACCUCAGAGGACACUCAGAGAGAUCUUUAUUUUUUACUGAUGAACCAGGAUGCCCCUCCCUUCCACCCAACCUUUUGACUCUCUUCCACGAGCCAUGGUGAAAAAAGAAGACAUGGACUUAAGUCUAUUCCCCUUCCUGGGAAGGGAGGGCAGGGAUUGGUGAUUUGGGGUUUUAUUCAGGUAAGUAGGUUAUAUGACUUCUGUUAAGAUUUGUGAACCCUGGGUUAGACCUUUGACCUCCAGAUUCUGAUUUUCGCCCUUUUGAAGCUGGCUUAAUUAGGGAUGCUGUCAAGGAGGAGUGGGAGAAAUACAGGGUGUUGCCUCCAGGUGAUUUGAUUUCCCUUCUUUGGGAAAAGGUAGUCCAGUGUUCUCAUCCUGCCUCCAAGGUGGGAGAUGCCUGUGGGGGAGGCUCAGUGACUGAGCAAAUGCGAGCUUAUAAGUUUGCCAGCAGGGCCCUCGAGAAUGCUGGCUUUCCUGGCAUUGCUGUCGGUGCAGACAUGAGCUGCCGCAGAGCUGCACUUUCUGGCAAGGAAGAUCUGGUGCUAGGUUUUGCAAGCUUUUCUACACACCGGCCUCGUGGCCCCAGGGCUUGAAGAGUGGUGGCUUCUGACUCCAUUGCCCAGAGUCAGGGUUUGGUCACCACCACACAGUUCUUUUUAAAACUUUUCACCUAUUCUGCGAGUUGGUGUUUUCUCCUCUUAACCUGUUCAUUGGUUCUGCUCAGCAUCAAGAAGAUGGAACAAAGAUCUCAAGCGUCUUCAGAGCUGUUGAAGUGGAACCAUGGUAUCCAUUAGCCACUGAGCACCUGUUUGGCAAAUAAUGUGUGUUCCUUGGGAUCAAGUGUCUUUUCAUGUUGAGUAGCUUCUCUGGGGGAAGAAGAAGGGUCAUCCAAAAGAGUUCCCAGUCGCAAUGCCUAUGGCUCGUGCUGGGAGUUCGUCUGACAUAGUGACAGAAGGAAGCCCAUUCUCUACGUGGUACGUGUCUUGAAACCCCAGGCUCCCAGGUCCCACACGGGGGUCACACUGAGUGUGAAAUCUCCAGGGACAGCUGUGUGGGUGCAGGUCAGAGUUCACGCCCGAGUCCCUGUGUUAGAAUGGCUGCAUCAAAAUCCAUUCAAAUGUUUUUCCAUUACUAACUAGGCGAUUUGGAUGGGGAAAGCAAACAUGAAGAAAAGGUUUUCUUAUGUCCUGAAAUUGGAGGCGGGGUGGGUACCAGAUUGCUAAGUGGAUGGACUUGCCUGCGCGUCGGGAUUGGCUGUGACAGGCUCCAGCGUGGGACGUGUUACUAGCUUUGUUAUCAGCUGUCCCCACCGCCGUACCCCUCUUCCCUCUUCCCUCGGGGAAACUCUGAGUGGAACUUUCUGGCACAGAUUGCCAUCUCAUUUUCAGUCCCACGCCCAGACUUCUGAUUUAUCAAAUGGCCCCAAAAGUCGAGCCAGCUUGCUCCUAAGUAGCACGAGGCUCGUUGGGAACUCAGGAAGCAUUCAGCCUGACCAGGAAGAAACAAAGGGUUAACUCCUCUCAGUUUAGAUGUGGCCCUUCUCUGGUCUAAUUUCUGAGACUUAGAAUUCUCAAACCACUGGUCACACUUUGUGCAGGCAGCCGAAUGUUCCUGGGCAGGAUGGACUGUCAUGCGCUCAGAAGUCCUUCCAAGAGGCCAUUAGUCUCCUAAGACCAACGUAAGGUAUCCAUUACUAAGAUACACUCACGCUCCUCCCACUUCAGUGCCAUCAGUCACCGGUCAGGAGCAACAUGUCACCUCCAGCAUCCCUGAUUUGCAUAUUUAUCGGCUUCUCUGCUCUGAGACUUUCUACCCAAGCCUCAGAAAACACUACUUCACUGCAGUGGAACACGAAGCAAGGCUGUCUCAGCCUCUGAACAGCACACUUGCUUAGGCUCUUAACUGGAAAGUCUCUCUAAUACUAACAUUCUGCGACAGCUUGUUCCUUGCCCUGGAUCACAAAGGAGCCUCACUGAAGUCCUGCUGCACCUGCCCCCCUCAAGGUUAAUGUCACUGCUGCUUUAAGCAAAAAUAUAACCAUUGUAGUACCCAUCAGUUUAAAUCCAAUGGUUGUCUGUACCUGCCUGAAUAGUAAAACCAUGGAAGUCUGCCAUGUCCUUAGCGUGGGACAUCUAACCAGUCUGUCUGUGUGACUUUCAUGUCUUUAAGAACACUUAACUAGAAAACCUGAUCUGAAAACCUUUAAAUUCUAAACAUGGAAAAUGUGAUCGCCUGCAGUUUUGUAGGCAGUAAAGUCAUGGCUGCUAUUUAUAAAUGGAACUUCUAUCAAAAUAAGUAAUUGUUUAUAAAAUUCAGUUUUUGUAGGAUUUUUCCAAGGAAAAGUCACCUUGGUUGAAUGUUUCUCACUCAUUAAACUUUGCAGAAGUGAUUCAUAUUCAGUACUGUUUUUAAUCACUUUUUUAAUAUCAGGACAGAAUGUUUGAAAGGAAUCCAAAGUGCGCUAAUAACUUUUGUAUGACUAAAAUAAAUUUGGGAGACUCUCUGAUCAUAUUAAGUUGAGGGAGGAAAAAAACUGUGAAAGAACAUUAGCAAUACAAUUAUCUCAGUAUCUGCAGGGGGUUGGUUCCAGGACCCCUGCAGAUACCAAAAUCCUGGGAUGCUCAAGUCCCUUAUAUAAAAUAGUGCACCAUUGCCCUCAGUAUCCACAGGUUCUGUAUCCAUGGCUACAGUGGGCUGACUGUAUGAAUCAAAAAAAGGUAGAUGUUUAUAAAGGAUCUGUUGCAGUUUCUAUGUAUGGGUCUAUGUAUCUUUCAAUAUGGACAGCAUUACCAUUUAUAGAGAGCGAAUAGUGAAGGUGAGAUCGUCAUAAUUAACUGGCUUAUUUAAGUUCAAGGAUAAAAGUGUAUCCUGACUAGUGGCUACUCUGUGUCUGGGAACUUAACCACUUUCUACUGAGUGGAGUUUUAGCCACUGUUUCCGUUGUUUUUUUUUAAAAGAGAUAAUAGCCAAUCAUUUUGUGUUUGUUUCCCAUUCCUCUUUAUUUCUGCUUUUGUGCAAGCUGGUGAUUGAACAGUCAAAACUAAUUCUACUUUCAGAGAGGCCUGAGGGCUUAAUGACCGCCUUUGUCACUGAGAAAUGAUUCUUGUUCAUCACUCUACAAAUGAUAUGCUGGAUUAACUGCCUUGGGUUGAUAGAUGGAGGAACUGUUUUGAACAACACUAAAGGUGUGAUUUUAUGUCUCAGUUUUAUUUUCAGUCUUGCUAAAUAAAAUGAGUCUUUAUAUUUUUUUAUUAAAGUGAUAUUUAGCAAUAGCUAAUAUUAGGCUAAGUGAUAUAAAGAGAUAAAACAUCCUUGCCUAGUAGAGUUAAGUCAAGACUGCCUCCAGAGUAUACUCAGAUGAAUAUCUAUCUGCAUUAUUAACUUGGAAACAAUGAACAGCUAAUUUGUGAACAUAGCAUAAUUCCUGGUAUGUGCUAGAGAGAUUUAUCAUAAAGAAUCCAUAUGCUGGGGGGGGAGGGCAUACUCAGUGGUAGAGUGCGUGCUUAGCAUACACGAGGUCCUGGGUUCAAUACCUGGUACCCACCCCCUUAGAAAUUUUUUUUAAAUAAAAAACCUAACUCCCCCCCGCAAAAGAAUCCAUAUACUGUUGCAAUUCUGCUCCAAAGAGCAGAGAUACUUUCAAUUGGCCCAAAACUCAUUUUGAUAUCAAUUCAAUGAGAAAGUCCCGGUCUCUGUUUGGGAAAGCUGCCCAGCCUAGAGUUGCCGAAUAAAAUACAAGAUGCCUAGUUAAAUGUGAUGUUCAUAUAAACAAUGAAUAACUUUUAGUAUAAGUAUGUCCCAAAUGUUGCAUGAGACAUACUUAAACUAAAACAUUAUUUGUUGUUUAUAUGAAAUUCGCAUUUAACUGAGUAUCCUGAACAGUUGACCCUUGAACAACCUGGGUCCACUUUUACAUGGAUUUUGUUCAGUAAACAUGUACUACAGGACUAUACAAUCUGCGGUUGGUUGAAACCAGAGAUACAGAACCACAUAUCCGAGGGCCUGCUACAAAGUUAUGCUAGGAUUUUCCUCGGUGCCGGGGCCAGUGCCUCUAACUCCUGUGUCGUGCAAGGGUCAACUGUCUUUUUAUUUGCUAAAUCUGGCAAUCCUAGCCCAUGAUUUCUCAGGGGUUUUUUUAAUGGUGCUCCCAAACUGUUCUCUAUUGGUUUGAGAGCUAUAACAGAAAUAUUAUGACUCUACAAUUGAAUAGGUAAGUUAAGAAUGUAUUUACUAGAGUUAAACUGCCAAGAUUCAAAUCCCUACUCUACCACUUCUUAGAUGUAUGGUCUUGAAUAAAUUCUUUACCCUCUCUGA